AUGGCUCACCGUGUUACAUCCGGUGUUGUAGGCACAGACAGCAAAGGAGCCUCUGUGUUCAAUCGGCGCGAGAUUGUCCCCUUCAUGGCGGACGUGAAGCAGUUCUCGCUCUUCGUGCAGGCGUUAUUGCAUAUGAUGACCACAGUGGACUCCAACUCGAAUUUGUCGUUCUUCCAGAUAGCUGGCAUUCACGGCGCUCCAUACAUUCCUUACGACGGGGCCGGCGUACAGCACGUCGAGCCCACACCAGAAUUCUUGGGUUACUGCUCGCAUGGCUCCGUCCUGUUUCCGACCUGGCACAGGCCCUACAUGGCGCUGAUUGAGCAAGAACUGCAACGUGUGGCGCUCGACAUCGCCCAGAGGUACACCAACUUCAAGCCAGACUGGGUCGACGCAGCCAUACAGCUCCGUUUUCCGUACUGGGACUGGUCCAGCACCGCACGGCCUCCCCGAGAGCUUUACACCCAGCCGCAACUCACCGUCGCGCUCCCGCCGCUGGGCAAUUCGGGUGCGAUCGACAAUCCCUUUCUGCCGUACAGGUUCCAGCAGAAACCUGCCGACUUCCCGAACCCGUUCGUUAUGCCGGCCUGGAACUCGGUCACACACCGGUGGGGCAAGGCGAACGCGAGCACUGGCGUGGUAGAAGACGUCAUCGUGUGUCUGCAUCGAGAUGAGCCGAGCGUUCGCUGUGCUCCCGGGCGGUGCGGACGGUGCGGACUCCCGGGGCUGGAGGCUGGAGAAUGA